GGACAUAACUCAUGUUGACUUGUGUCAUGUGACAGUCUUACAAAUAUUUUUCAAAUGGUUUUCUGAGUCUGAAUUAAAGCGUAGAAAUUAAGGCAAUCACUAACAAGUAUGCAGGGGAGACGGUCGGAGUACCCAGAAUAUGGGGCUGUUAGGGAAUAUCAUGAUGAUCCAUAUUACGGAAAGGGUAAUACCAAAUUUUCAAAGAUAUGCGAUCAGAUAAAAACAAACAUUUCAAACAUUAUCGUUGGAGCAAACUCCCUGGAAAAAUUAAUGAAAAUGAUAGGAACUGAAAGAGACAGUGUGGAAAGUAGAGACAAAAUCCAUGAAGUUUCCACAAAGACAAACAAAAUAGUGCAGGAAACAAGCAGACAGAUGAAAACCAUUUCUUCAAUGACAGGCCUAGAUAGGCAACAAAAAUUUCAAGUGGACCGAUUAAAGAAUGAUUUUCAAGAAGCUGUUCAAAGAUUUACAUCUUUACAAAAGAGAGCAGCGGAACAAGUAAAGAAGACUUUUAAAUUAUCCAGCCAAAAACCCAAACCAAAGUCCAGUGGAGGCUGGAUGGAUGAUGAUGAUGAUGAGGUAAAAUUCCUAGAACAAGAACGCAAAAGAGAGGAACAGCAAAUACAAGACCAAAUCAUCGAGGAUGAUCUGACUCUGAUCCGGGAUCGCGAGGAGAGGAUUCGACAGUUGGAGUCUGACAUCUUGGAUGUAAAUGAAAUUUUUAAGGACUUGGCAACCAUGGUAAAUGAGCAGGGAGAAACCAUAGAUUCCAUAGAAGGAAAUGUAGACAAGGCAUACACAAAUGUUGAGACAGGAACAUCUCAAUUGGCCAAGGCAGCAGAAUAUCAAAAAAAGUCAAGGAAGAAAAUGUGUAUUUUACUGGUGAUCUUGGUGAUAAUCGCUGCUGUUGUGACUAUUAUUAUUGUGGCAUCCGUAAAGUCGUGAAAUCCAAAAUUACCACAUAUCUAACUGGAAAAUUGAUUUACAGAGUGAAAGGUUGCUCAUACAAGCACAUUUUCUUAUUUGAGAUAAAUGUCUCAAGACAUUGAAGAAGGCUUGUCAAUGACCAAAGUGUGAAAUUUAUGACCUUUAAGUGAGAAUUCUGGUUUAGAAGCUUGGCUUUAUUUAUAAUUUAGGGAAAAAAUCAUUUGUGAUUAAAUUAUUUAAUAUCAUUUAAUUCUUUUCUAGGAUCAGUCUGUGUUACAUUCUGUGUCUAUUCUGUAAACCAACUGUUCUUCGCGACGACUUUAUUUCGCGAUUUAUUGCAGAUGAACUGAAUUGCGACGACUAUUUUUCGCAACCACACUCGUUUUGAUAUAAAAUCCAUACGGCAAAGACUAGGUCGUGACCGAGAAACUCUCGCAAAUCUCGCAAAUAUUUUUAGCACAUGAAAAAAAAAUGGUUUACAGUACUUUCAACAAAGGUGUUAUUCUUGGAUGUUUUUCUUGUUCACAUGCAUUCCACUACGGUUGUCAGUAAUGAGUUUAUUUUUAGGAAGUUUUCCCUCUCUACAUCUUUCAAAAAUAGUGCAAUAGAUUUAGCCUGCAUGCAUGCUGGCGAGUUCAAAAUAGUCUAAUAGUUUCUCCUGUGGGUUAUAAUUCAUUGAAUGCAAUCAAAUAUUUUAAAACUUCAUUUAUAAAUGACCAUUUAAUUUAUUUUCUUGAUCUUUCUUGUUUUUUUAGCAACGAUUUUUGUACAACUAUAACCAUAUUAUUAUUAAAUUGCCGUGAUGUGAAUUAUUAUAGGGUUUUAUCAUUCUCAGGUGAUUGUUAAGGCCGAAUGGGUCUCUUUUUAUAUUUUACAAAACUAUUUCGUCGCUCAUGAACGGUAGUUCCUUUAAAGGGGCAUGGUCACGAUGUUGGUCAGAUUUUAUUUUUCUGUUUUUAUUAUAUGCAAUGCUUUAGGAAUGCAUUUCUAAUGAUGAAAUGAAAUUAAGGUGCCAUUCGUUGAGUUUUAAGCAAGAUACAGGGCUCACAAUUCUUCGUCAUGUAAACAAGGCUCGUGCCCUGUUUUUGUUUACAUACGUUCAAUAUACCAGUAAAAAAUCUUUUUCAAGCAGGCUUGUCUAUCUUAUUUUUCAUUUUAAGCAUAAAUAAACAGUUCCUAACGAUUAACACAUUCAUUUUAGGUCUAAAACUGGAAUUUUUACUUCAACAUUCAAAAUGUAAACAAACGCUUUGUUUACAUAGCGAAGAAUUUUAAGCUCUGUAACUCGCUUUUGACUCAUCAAAUGACACUCAAAUUUUGGUGGCCUAUUAAAAAUGCCUUACUGAAGCAUUGCAAACAUUAAAAUCGAAAAAAUAAUUUUUGACUAAAAUCGUGACCAUGCCCCUUUAAAAUGUAAUUUCCUAUAUUGUACAUUCCUUGCUUUGCGCGAGAAUUUAAUUCUGCGACUCCACUGUUUUUAUUUUUUUCAAAUCGCGAUAAUAUAAAAUCGAGAGAUCCAAAUUUUUAUCGUAGUUUUAUUAGUUUACAUCUGUUCGAAAGGGUGUAUUUGUGCAUUAUUUAAACAAUAAAAUGCUUUCUUUGGUAAUUCAUUCGGGAUAUGAAGGGAGCGACAUUGCAGAAAAAAAUACAUAAUCCGCGUUAGCGGGUUAUGUAAAUUUUUUCUGCAAUGAUCGCUACCUUCACAAUCCGAAUGAAUCAUCAAAGAAAGCAUUUCAUUGUUUAUAUUAACACCUUUCUUUUAGCUGACUGAUAAAUUGAUCAUGAAAAGUAAGUAAAAUUCACUAAAUUACUGUUAAUGUACGUAAGUACGUUAGCUAAAAGAAACAGCCAAAUCGUCUCCUGUGAGACUUUGAGUCUGACAUCGUCAUGAUUAGUUCGUGCAGUCCGUGAUUUUUCCUAGGUCGCUGUAGGUUUGGACCAAUCGAUAAACAGGGGGUGUCGAUAUCUGUCCUGUCAUUUUCUUGUCAGUUUCAGCCGCUGUAGAUUUUGACCAAUCGAUAAACGGGGAGUUUAGAUUUCAGUCUGGCUGUUUCUAUACAGCUAUGAAUUAAAUAUAAGUUUCCGUAAGAAAUAGAGGGAACAAUACUUGGUAAAUGUAAAUAUAGAAAUUUAGAUCUCCAUCAUAUGGGCGCUUGUACUGCAUGAAUAGUGUGAAUUAAGAUACAAAAUGUAUAUGGAACAAUUUAAUGUUUAACUUAGCAAACGCUUUUAUAGCAACAAAUAAAAUUGAAAUAUAU